AUGUUGGGUAAGUCAUGCAAUCUCGAUCUUUUUCAUAAGUCUUGCUUGGAUAUAUGGAGUUUGGACAUCACCCCGAAGGUGCGUCACUUCUUGUGGCGACUGUGCACGGGAACUCUCCCUGUUAGAGCCUACCUUAAACACAGGCACAUGACAGAGUAUUCGGAUUGCCCUUGGUGUGUUGGCACUCCCGAAACAGUUCAGCACGUCUUCUUUGACUGUCCCACAGUCCGAGAGAUUUGGGUGGAAUGUGAGUGUACGGAGAUGUCCCUUUGGCCGAAUGACAUGUGUUUCCUUGAUUUAAUGGAGUCUUGGGGCAAACUUGACGCAAAGAAGGUCUGCAGGGGAGCUAUUUUAAUGUGGAAUUUGUGGAAUAGAAGAAAUGCUAUGGUGUUCAAUGGCAAAGAAGUUUAUCACCCCGUAAUUGUCGGGCGUGUCUUCUGCUUGGUAGCUGAUUGUAACACUUAUACUAAGAGAAUCUAUGGAGGUAUCAAGAAACCUUCCUGCCGCAACCCGAAAUCUUGGAAAGCCCCACCUGAAGGUAUGAUUAAAAUCAACUGUGAUGCAUCGCUCAGUGUUGAAGGGUGGGUGGGACUUAGUGUCAUAGCCAGGGACUGGAUCGGAAAAGGGAUGCUCUACUUGCAGCCAGCCGCGGAGUUAGAGCCCACUGGCGUCCAAUCAUAG